GUCAGCACUAAGAACCGGGUCUCGGCGACUCGGUCUGCUCACUGAGCAUUGCCAUCUUUGGACAUCGUGAAGAUUGAUGUGUUAUCAGUGGUGAGAAGCCUUGAACCUUGAUUGGAGGCGGUAGUCUUCCUCUCUCAUUCUCUCGACUUUGUAAAUUCAAUAUGGUUCAAUCAGAGAAAAUGCCUUUCGCGGAAAUCUUUCCAUGGGCCACUUUUCGCCGACAGGCAAAGGCAGACCUUGCACCACCUACCGCAAGCUUCGAAGGAAAGACAGUCCUCCUUGUUGGCGCUACCGGCGCGAUUCUCUCAGAUGCGGCUCGGAUCAUCACCAGCCUCAAUGUCGCGACUCUCAUUUUAGCGGUCCGAAAUGUUGCUAAGGGCGAGUUGUUGGCCGGUGAACUGAGGAAAGUGCACGUUGAUGAUGAAAGCCAGCAGUCGACUAUCACUGUGAUGGAAGUAGACCUCUUGUCUUUUGAUAAUGUCAAGGCUUUUGCAGCCGAGAUCAAUCAAGUUCAGACUCGCAUUGAUGUGUUGGUCAUGGGCUCUGCUAUAAUGAACGAUGCGACAAGAGUAACUCCAGACGGAUGGGAAGAGACUCUGCAGUUAACCCAUCUCUCAUCGGCACUCCUGAUUGUCCUCUUGUUUCCCAAGAUGCUGGCCGACGGAGAUAAUCAACCAGUGGUGCUCUGCAGUCUUACCAGCGCGGCAAUCCGCUCCGCAGCCCCGAUGGUCGAGCUUCCAGACGACGCAAAAGACUCCUACCUGAAGCAGGUCAGCAAUGUCAAAGAUGCCGCUACGCAGAAGAGUUACCAAUACGGUCUUGCAAAGAUCAUCCACGCAUGCUGGAUCAGGGAGCUCUGCGCCCGUCAUCUACCCGGCAGUAAACCGAGGAUUCACUUCCACCAGCUGGAUCCGGGCGCCUGUUUCACACCGCUCAGCUCACAAGUGCUCAUCGGGAGACUGCUGCUUUGGUUCAUUGGUCGACCUGUAGAGAUGUGUGCCCGAACCGUGGUGAACUCGUGCCUACCACUGCUAGGAUCGCAUGGAAAGAUGUUGAUCGAUUACGAUGUUGCUCCGUAUCCUGAGUUCAUGGAUAGGACACUCGGAUUAGAACUCCAGCGAAGGGUUUGGCAAGAGACAAGCCAGGUAUUAAAGAGCUUAGUCACCCCUCAGGCGAAAAGUUACCUUUUUGGUCCAAGUUCGUGAUUGAGUUUGCCUGUUAAAUGAAAGUCCGACGGAGUUUUGCAUCUUGGAAGGGGCU